ACACCAUCUCUAGGCCGCGUCUCGCCUCGUCUCGUCGUCCGAUCAUUAUCUCCCUGACUCGCCUCGUCCUCCAGAUAUCGGCCGCCACCUUCACCUCCACCGCCCCGGCGCACCUGUGCGUCUCCAUCGUCGCCGCCUCUCCUCCUUCGGACACGACUGACCUUCCACUGGCGCCAACGAAGAAAACACAUAGGAAGAAGCUCACCGCCAAACCUCAUCCAGAUCCAGUCGCUGCCCUCCGAAGGCCGCAUACGGAACGUCUCGUCUCUUCCUUUGGAUCCGGCGGUCAACUCCAUCACCCCCAGCUUCACCUCCCUUAGUCCCCCUCCGUCCGCUCUCACCCACCGCUUCUAUAUCGCCACCUCUCUCGUUGUAGAAGAAGACACUGAGGAUCUGGCUUUCUGGAAUCACAUUUCUUGAGAACUAUCUGUUGGAGAACUAAACUAGGCUCUUGUUCAUAUUAUGGAUCAGCAAGCUAAGAUUGAUGCUGAUUUUCUUGAACCAACUGUACUCUUAGAUGAGACACAUUACCAGGAGGGGUACAAAAAUGGCUAUAAUGAUGGUUUGGCAUCUGGAAAGGAAGAGGGGAGGCAGGUUGGUUUAAAGAUGGGUUUCCAGGUCGGUGAAGAACUGGGUUUCUUUCAGGGCUGUCUGGAUGUGUGGACGUCUGCAAUUCUCAUUGAUCAGAAUGCCUUCACAGCUCGGGUCAGGAAGAAUAUCGAGCAACUGGCUGCACUGGUGGGCAGCUAUCCGCUGUCUGAUCCGGAGAAUGAACAAAUUCAAGACGUGAUGGAGAAGAUAAGGCUGAAAUUUAGGGUCAUCACUGCAAGCUUAGGGGUGAAGUUAGAGUAUGAAGGGCACCCCAAAUCAUCUAAACAGGAUGCUGAGGAUCUAUGAGCAGUGAUUGAAAUUACAUUUUAGUUUCUCCGCCCUUGCUGUUUAAAGCUCUUCAACUCAUUGGCAUCACGAGGAACUGCCGUGAGACAUCAAUGGCCAGAGUCCGACCAAAACCACAUAUAUAGUUUUAACAAUGUCUCAAGUUUUGUGUUAUUACCUGCUAUCUGCCAUAUGUAAUAGUUUCCUUUCAGAAGGCAAAAGCACUUCCUUCCCAUUUUCUUGAAGUACUUGUUGACUUGUAUUCUACAUGUUGGGAGCAUAUAGAUCUU